AUGGUGUCGAAUGGUUGUGUAGAAGCGACAACAUUUAAGGUACGCUAUGGAAGUGAUGUACGUAAAAUGCCCAUUCAUCAUAGUGACGACAUGUCGUACAACGAUCUUGUUUUAAUGAUGCAGAGAAUAUUCAAGAUAGAUAGCUCAGCUAACAUAUCAUUAAAAUAUAAAGACGAAGAUGGCGAUUAUAUAACGUUGGCAGAUGAUACUGAUUUAUUAUUGGCGCUUCAGACCGAGAAAAAACUUUCCAUUAUUGUUUUGUGUGACGAUAAUGAUUGUGAAGAAAUAAGAAGACUAGAGACUCAAUUAGAAUCAGUGCGAGACACUGCAAUGUCUCUUUUGGAAAUGCUAAAGACGGUUAAUGUUGGCACUACGUUGAAGAAAUAUGAGAGUAAUAAAGAAUGUAUUACUAAUACUUCAGCAAAAACUUCCGAAUCGGUUGCAACAAUACAACCUUCGGUUCAUGAGCAGGUGAAUAAUUUGGCAUCGAAUCAUGGCACCACUUUCUUGGGGAAAAUUGACUCAACUGUUAAAGACGGGCCGCAGAAGAAACAAUUAGAUGUUUCUUCUACACACUCACAUACGCCCGUUGAUGUACUCAAUUAUUCAAAGUCAUUGGGGCAUUCUACCCCUUUAAAAGAAGGCACACAUAGUGAACUAAAUACUGAAAUUGAUAUAACAUCCAGCACUCAUCUUACCGCAUCAUCAUUUCCACAUCAUCAAGAUGCAGGAGAUCGUACGCUGUCCGCACCGGUAUCAAAUUCGUUGACUCCCCAACCAGUUGCAACUUCUCAUUUUGUACCACCUCCGGUUGCAGGCUUACCACAUAUGGGCCACAUACCAUUGCAGUCACAACCGCAGACGCCAAACGCAAUGAAUGUCUUCGGCCAUGAACAGUUAAAUGCACCACUAUCAACUCCACAAUCUGAGUAUCGCUUUGGCAUACCUGCUGGGAAUCAAAAUGUACCACCAUUCGGUGUUUCGGUUUCUCAAAUGCAGCAGCAUCAGGUUCAGCAGCAUCCAUCGAUGGCUCACUCCUCUUUUGGCAUUAUGCCUGGUAAUACAAAUGUACCCCAGCAUCAGCAGAUACCAUCCCACCCUCCUUCAAGUAAUGUACCGGGUUUGCAACCCACAUCAGCAAUAUCAGCUUCUGGCGUACCACCUACUUCAUUCGGUACGCAACUGUCAAUGGCGUGCGGAAUGAUGCAGUCUCAAACUCCACCCCAGCAAUUGGUCUAUUCAACGAAUUCUGCAACUGUUCAAAAUUUUCAUCCAGUGACAGUCAGACCAGUCCCUCAAUCGGGCUUACCCCCGGCUUCCAUAGCUCCUCCGUUAUCUUCAGUUGCAGCUACUUGUAAUUUUGAUCGUCAUUCAACACCUACAUCUACGACGCAUCCACCUGCUGGCCCACCACCAACAAUGCCAUUCGGCGCACCAGGUGCUCCGAAUCCAUUUGCUCGUGGCACGCAGCCUUCUCAUCACAUGCGUUUCCCAUUGCAGCCAUCCGGAUAUUGA